AUGCUGGAAUUCGGUUAUCAGCAGUGGCCAUUUGCUGCACCACCAUUGAGAGAAAAAGUGUAUCAGUCACGUCCCUGGUAUGCUGUGCCGCAAUUGGUACAACCGGGCAAUGACAGAACUUUUGUACCUUUUGCUCCGAGCUGGGAAGAUGAUAUUCUGCAUUCCGAACAUAAUGCAAAUAUUGUCGUAAGCCUUAUGGAGAGGCUGCGCGAUUUUCAUAAAAUGAAAAAGCUAUCCAAUUACAUGAUCAAGACAGUUGUGUUGACGGAGCUGGCGGAGGGCGACUUAGACUGGGAUCAAAGCUUAGACAUCAUUUUUGUGGCGGUGUGGGAAAAGUUAAUUCAGCAUUUAAAUAAUGGGAAGCUAGGUCGCUUUCUUUCGCCACAAUAUAAUCUUUUCGUCGAUAUGUCUGCGGUUGAUGUUGAAAAAUACUACUACACUGCCAAUAAAAUAUUGCAGCAGAUAAAAAAAUUGCAGGGUGUUGAAGAAGUAACGUUUGAUAAUGUAAAUAACAUCUUCUUUAAUUGGUAA